AUGUUGUCCAAGUUGCCUGAAUGGCUAGUUAUAAGGUGGAACAGAAUUGCAGCCACAUCGAAGGAAGAACUCAAGGUGUUCCCCUCCUUUAAGCAGUUUGUUGACUUUGUUUCGAAGGAAGCAAAGAUAGCUUCGGACCCAGUUACUUCUGUCUUUUACGUCAAGGGUAAUCUUAGUUCUGCUAGUGACAAGAAUCACCCUAGCUCUCUACAUGGUGACAAACUUACCCAGAGUGAUUCCAGGAAGACUGGCAGCGAAAAUGGUAAUGGUGACGUCAACAAGGAGAACACAGUUACAGGUACACUUGUACAGGCUGGACACUCAGGUGCUGCGUUCUUAAGCAACAUAGGCCAGAUCAGUAAGUGUUCAAUGAUUCUACCUGUGUUUGUAUCGCAUUGCGACAAUCCUGAUAGGGAUGUUCUUGUAUAUGCUUUAUUGGACACUCAGUCAGAUACCACCUUUUUGUUAGAUGGUACACGCAGUGCUUUGGAUCUUUCUGGGGUUGAUGUUAAAUUGUCACUAUCGACUCUGCAUGCCGAGAACAAAAUAGUGAACAGUCAAAAGUUGAGGGGUCUACAAGUUAGAGGUUUCUAUGACUAUACCCGUAUAACCUUACCUGAUACCUAUACAAGGGAGAUAAUGCCAGCCAAUCGUGCACACAUUCCAACACCCGAGCAUGCUAAGUUCUGGCCACACUUAAAAUGCAUUUCUGACUGCUUACCACCUCUGCAAGAGGCAGAGAUAGGUUUGUUGAUUCGUUAUAAUUGCCCACAAGCUCUAGUCCCUCGGGAAGUUAUAACUCCUGUUGGUAAUGGUCCUUUCGCUCAAAAGACAGAUUUGGGAUGGACAAUAGUUGGAACAAUUGAUUUAAACUGCGUUGAAGAUGACUCAAUCGGCUCGAGUCACCGUGUUCUCUGUUGCGAAGUUCCUUUGGCUCUAUCAGUAAGUGAUAGUCAGAAAGAAGUUGUCCUGUUCUCACUGCGUACUAAAGUCAAGGAGGUUGUGUCCAGUGACAUUUUGCGCAUACUUGACCGUGAGUUUUGCGAUUCUGGGGAAAUGUGCAACAAACUGUCUCAGGAAGAUCAGCUCUUUGUGUCGAAGCUGUCCAAAGGUAUCUGUUUUCAGGAUGAUCAUUAUGUUAUGCCACUUCCCUUUAAGGGAGCUGAACCAGUUCUUCCGAAUAACAAGUCCAUGGCUUUGAAAAGGGUGAAAUCUCUGAGACAAAGACUGAAAAGAGACUCAACAUUCUGUCAACACUACUCCCAAUUUAUGAAGGAGCUGAUUAGUAAUGGCCAUGCUGAAAGGGUCCCCGAGUUAGAUCUUAAUUCGAAUAAGACCACUUGGUUUAUUCCACAUCAUGGAGUGUAUCACCCUCAGAAACGUGAUAAAAUUCGGGUGGUUUUUGAUUGCAGCGCAACGUUUGAAGGCGAAAGCUUGAAUGCACAUCUACUCCAAGGCCCUGACUUGACCAAUAAACUUGUGGGAGUCCUUUGCAGGUUCAGAAAGGAGCCGGUGGCUUUGAUGUGUGAUGUUGAAAAAAUGUUUCACCAAUUCAAGGUUUGUAAGGCCCAUAGAGAUUAUCUUAGGUUUCUUUGGUGGGAGGAUGAUGACUUUGAAAGGUUCCCUACAGAAUUUAGAAUGACUGUGCAUUUAUUUGGAGCAACUUCCUCCCCAGGUUGUGCUAACUUUGGAAUGAAGAAGAUGGCUUCCGACAAUGAAGAACAGUUUGGGUCUGACAUAGCUGACUUCAUAAGGCAUGAUUUUUAUGUUGAUGAUGGGUUGAGGUCUUAUCUUCUGUUCCUGAAGCUGUCAAUUUGGUUAAGAAGAGUACUGAGUUAUGCAGUUGUGAUACAGUCCCUUCCUUCUGAAGCUCGAGCUAAAGAUCUCAAAAAUGUUGACCUGAUUGGUGAUAACUUACCUGUUCAGAGAACCUUGGGAGUCCUUUGGUGCUUAGACUCUGAUACAGUUCAGUAUGAGAUGGUCUCAAACAAUCGCCCUCUCACAAGAAGGGGUAUCUUAUCUACAGUCAGUUCGAUAUACGAUCCUCUUGGUUUUAUAUCUCCAGUGGCUUUAUCCGGAAAGCAAAUUCUGCAGCAGAUGUGUGCAGACCAGGUGGGUUGGGAUGACCCCUUACCAGAAAGUCUAAAUGGCAAGUGGGUGAUGUGGUGCGCUGACCUGAAGAAUCUUACUCUUUUGAAGUUUCCAAGAUGUGUUAAGCCUGAAGGUUUUGGCAAAAUUAGAAUUACUGAGAUGCAUCAUUUUUCCAAUGCAAGUAGCUAUGGGUAUGGGCAGUGCUCCUAUAUUCGUUUGGUGAAUGAUGUUGGCCAGGUGCAUUGUGCGUUAUUAAUGGGCAAAUCUCCUGUUGUACCUUUAAGACCCAUCACAAUACCACAUCUUGAAUUGACAGCAGCUGUGUUAGUUCAGCAAAUCAAGGAGCAUACAAACCCUAACCAAUGGAAUUAUGUUGCCUCUGGUGAAAAUCCUGCGGAUUUGGCUUCUCGAGGUGCAUCUGUAGCAGAGCUAGCUAAGACCCCUAUGUGGCUCAAUGGUCCAGAAUUUCUCUGGAAGCAGGAUGCAAUUUCAGCAAAUACCGGUGCACAGUUUUCAGUAUGUCCUGAUGACCCAGAGUUAAAACAUGUUCAGGCAUUUUUGUCAAAUGCAAAACCACCCUGCUUCAGUUCAUUGUUGGAACGGCUUGAGUACUUCUCUGAUUGGCACAGGUGUAAACGAGCGGUAGCAUUGGUGCUUAGGUACAAGGGAAAAUUGUUGCAAAAAUCAGGGAAGUUGCAAACUACUGGUGUGGAGAAACGUUCAUUACAUUACAGUCCCAUUACUGUAAAUGAACUACAGAAGGCCGAGACUGAAAUCUUUAAGGCUGUCCAGUUGUAUGAUUUCAAGGGUGAGAUUGAUACACUUAAAACUAUAAAUAUAGUUAGAGUUUCUAAUGACAGGGCAGAACAGUCAUUAAGAACUAAGUCCCUAAAGGGAAGAUCAAACCUGUGUUCCUUAGAUCCGUUUCUUGACAAAAAUGGCUUAAUUUGUGUAGGUGGUCGUGUUCAACAUGCCGAAAUGUCAGAUCUGGUGAAGUUUCCAGUUGUACUUCCUAGAAAGGGUCAUAUAACAGAGCUUGUUACACGGCAUUAUCAUGACAAGGUUCAACAUCAGGGUCGCGGAAUGACCACAAAUGUUAUUCGGAAUAAUGGACUCUGGAUUAUUGGUUGUAGUUUGGCAGUUUCUCAUGUGAUUUUGAAAUGUGUUGUUUGUCGUAAGUUACGGUGUUCCUUUGAAGGUCAAAAAAUGGCCGACUUGCCAUCUGACCGUCUAGAACCAUCUCCCCCAUUCACGUAUUGCGCAGUAGACUAUUUUGGUCCAUUUUAUGUUAAGGAAGGGCGAAAGGAAAUGAAGCGCUAUGGGGUUAUGUUCACUUGUCUAACUUGCAGGGCAGUUCACGUUGAAACGGCUACGUCCUUAGAAACUGAUUCAUUCAUAAACUGUUUAAGACGGUUCAUUACAAUUAGGGGUCCGAUUCGUCAGCUUCGUUCUGACAGAGGCACUAACUUUAUAGGUGCUAAAAAUGAAUCAAAGAGCUCACUUGCAGAAUUACCAGUAGAUAACGACCAAAUAAAACAGUUCUUAUUAAGGGAAGGUUGUGAUUGGUUCGAAUGGAAAAUGAAUGUCCCUGCUGCUAGCCACAUGGGAGGUGUGUGGGAGCGUCAGAUUCGUUCUGUAAGAAGUGUCCUAGCCACGCUGUUACAUACACAUGGCAAUUCGUUAGAUGAUGACAGCUUAAGAACAUUUUUGUACGAGGCUGCAUCGAUAGUCAAUAGUUGUCCGCUCACUGUCGCAAAUGUAAAUGACCCAUUAUCUGUCACACCAUUGACGCCCAAUCAUUUGCUCACUAUGAAAACUACUAUUAUUCUUCCUCCACCAGGUAACUUUCAGACAAAUGAUAUGAAUUGCAAGCAUCGAUGGCGUAGAGUUCAGUUUUUACUGAAUCAGUUCUGGACCAGAUGGAGGAACGAAUAUCUACAAAACUUGCAGAUGAAACCACCCAGCCGGAAAAAACGUCGACGACAUCUACAUGCACGUGCUGUUCAACAGCUAAGAAUAACAAGAACCGUCUCAGAAGACAGCAUGCCCGACCAUUUCGAUGCUUGA